AUGGGAAAUGGUUCAUUUUUCCAAGCCAUGAAUGACUAUGGAGUAUUCCAGACAGAAACAUACAGCACUGAGGAGCUGGUAGCAGUUACAUCUGAACGCACCCCAAAAAACACAGACACAUUUGUGGCUAUAUUUUCCUUGCUUUCUGGGCAGAUGGUGCAUCUCUCUGAGCAAACGGCCUCCAUUCUGAAUUGUAAGAAGACAUUUCUGGACUCCUCCCAGUUUAUGGAGCUGCUGGCCCCUCAAGAUGUCAGUGUGUUCUAAACACACACUACCCAGUCCCACCUCCCACUCUGGAAUAUGGAAACUCAAGUGGUUUCUCUAUAUGAAUAUGCCCAAGUGAAAUCCUUUUUCUAAAGGAUCAGGCAAGGAGGUAAAGACCAAGAACAAUAAAUGCUUUAUUAUACCUUCUGGAUCACCCCAUACUUGGUCCACGUGUGCAGCUCUGGCCAUGUGGCAGCAGAAUCAUGCUGCCUAACUGUGGCUGAGAAAAUUCACUCUGGAUAUGAAGUGGUAUUAUGUUUGGAUUUCAGAGCAGUCCCUUUGUUGGGUUACCUUCCUCAGGAUUGGAUUGGAACAUCCAUCUUGAUAUAUUUGCACCCAGAAGAUCACCCCCUUAUGGUUGCCAUUCAUCAGAAGAUCCUGAAGUUUGCAGGCCAGCCUCCAUUUGAGCAGUUGCCUAUCAUUUGGGGCAGCUUUGUGAACCCCUGGAGCAGGAAAGUCGUGUUCAUCAUUGGCCGGCACAAAGUCCAAACAAGCCCUCUGAAUGAAGAUGUUUUUGCUGCAAGAAGCAAAGAGAUGAGCAGUGUCAAUGAAGAGAUUUGCAAGGACAAACGUACAAGCUUCUCUUGGAGCCAGUUCAUAGCAGUGAUUCUAGUGGUUAUGGAAGUCUUGGUAGCAAUGGGUCUUACGAACAUUGCAUCAGCAUAGCGUCCUCUAGUGACUCCAGUGGGAAUUGUGCUGAGGAAAUACAGCAGAACUAAUUACAUUGCAGCAGGUCUAUGCCAAUGUGAACCGAUUAAAGAAUCGGUCAACAGCUGCAUACUAAGUCACAGAGCAAACUGCAUAACAGAAAGGAUCCAGUCGUAAAUACUGUACUGCAGGGAGGCAAGCAGAACACUGCUUCAUGUAUUCUCCAGGCACUGAGAAGUAACAUCACUGAAGGCCCAGAUAGUUCAUCCUGUGAUGAUUCAAGGAAGAUACAUGUUCUAUCCUACCAGCAGAUCAGCUGUGUGGACAAUAUCAUCAGGAAAGUGAUGGAAUACAACCAUGAAGCUUUUAAUUCCUAUCCUAAUAAUCUGUGCAGUGGGGAAAUCCCCAAGGGCAGGACUAGUCUACAGAACUGAAUAGGGAAGGAUAUAAUUCCCUACCGCAGGGGCCAGGGCCCUGAGAGUGAAGCACUGGAUGUUUGUGCCAAUAUCACUAGCUUUAAAAUCCUGUUGCUUCUCUUAUCCUGCAUCCUUUGAAGGACACAAUAUUUGACUUCUGAAGUGGCAGGAAAUGAGAGAUUUCAUGAAUGAACUCUGCCUUGCCAAACUGUCAGAUGAGGACUAAUUUUUACUCUGUCCAGAAGAUUUAAGAUGGCUGCAUUGUACAUCCAACUGCUCAACAUCUGCGGCUCAGCAAAGCAAGUCGAGGGUGACUUCCAUAGAAAGCCUAAAAUCAAGCAACAGCAUGCAGGCAAAUUUCUCGAGGCUUGCGUGAAAAGAACUGUGAUUGGGACAUGCUGCAGUGCAGCGUGAAGAUCAAGGAGCUGAGGCAGGUGUACCAUAAGGCGAGGGAAGCAAACCAUCGCUCCCGUGCUGCACCUAAGACCUGCCACUUCUAUAAGGAGCUGGCCGCUAUUCUCAGUGACAACCUCACCACCACCUCCAAGAGCCCCGUGGAUAUUUCGACAGCCCUGGAGGUGGCGGAAAGAAGACCUAACCCGGAGGACGAAGUCAUUGAUGAAGAGGUGGAGUUAGAUGAUGUGGAGCUCCUGGCAGGUAUCUAGCCAGUCUCAGCAGUUGCUCUCUGGCAAUCAGAAGCAGGAGAGGAGACGCCUGGUAAGUGGCUGUGGUCUGUGUGGCGCAGAGGUGGGUUCAGGGUGUAGAACUAUACAUGUCUGGCUGUGUUUCUGUGUGCUGGAUAUUUCCCUGUGCAGCUAAUCAGUGCGGUGGAACGGGGUGUUGCUGCACACCAAGAUCUCACGGGAAUCCUCCAGAGAGAUCUCUAGGAAAGUUUCCUGGAGGUACUCAGCAAUCCUCUGCCAAAGGUUCCUUUGCAGAACUGCUUUGUUCCUUCCCCAUGGUAGGAAACUUGCGUGCACCAUCCGGCAAUCAUUUGUACAAGGAUCAAAGUGGCACACAGGCAAGCAGCAUAGGGACCAGGGCAGAAGCCACAAGCAUGUAGUAGAUGUAUCCUCGCUUCCCUGCUUACUCUCAGCAGUGAGAUAUCUGCUACGAUGAUCUCUGCCUGUGGAAAAGUGUGGGAGAAUUUUAGAAUUUUUUCCCCUAGUUGGCUGCACCGCAACCCUGGCAGAGUGCUCUUUUCCCCAUGUAGAGCGCCCCCUCCCCUAGCCAACACUCACCAGGCUUUGGGUGUUUGUCGAGAUGUGCGGUUGCCAAGAGUCAGUGAGAAAGUGAUUGUUUGGUUCUAAUAAAGGAAAAAGGGUCAUGGUAGCUUCUUGCAGCCUCUGCCCCAUAACAGGGAGGGCUGGCAGUGCUGUUCCCUUGCAUUCUCUCUGCCUCUAAAUGAGGAUUAGUAAAAAUGAAGAAUUUCCAAUUACAAGUAGCUUAGUGAAGCAAAGGGAGAGAGUGCCUCCUCUUUUGACAGCAAGCUGGGUGGGGAUGCAUGCUUUACUCAGUAAAUUGGACUAUGUUCCUCAUUAAUUUUUUGUUUUAACCUUUUUGAUCUGCAGUUUGUCGAGGUUUUGCUGUCCUUGAAGAUGAUGCACUGGAUCACUGUCUGCAGGAACAAGAGAGUAAGAGCUGGAAUCCACGGGCUGAUAGUGAUUGGAGUGGAAACCCUGCCUCCUUGAAAGGGAGGAGAUAAACAAGAGUAGGGACCGAACCAGGGUGAAGAAAGAAGGCUCGCCAGAGAUUAAGAGUGAAUCCGGCAUCCAAGUGUCUGUCACUUUCAAAACUGGAACUUAACUGCUUUUGAAAAUUUUAUCGUUUAUCUUGAGAGGAGAUUGCUAGAUAUAUGCAGAACCAGGAACUGAAAGCCCAGUGGAGAUCCCAUGAGACAAACCUGGAGACAGAGAACAGUGAUGAGGGGAGCAAAUUAUCUGAGCCAAGGAGAAGCAAGGACAAGAAGGGUUCCUCAUCAGCACUGGAUUGCUAAUGUACAUUUGGCAAAUUUGAAGAAAUUAUAUAAGGGGAAACAGGAACUCUGCCUGUAAACAAUGACUUGACAAAAAUUGGAGGAGUGAUGAUGAGGAUAGAUGACUGAUACAGAGCAAUCUGGACCACUUGGUAACUGUGCAAGCAAACAAUAUCUGCUUUAAUAUGAUUAAAGCUGCCCAGUCACACACUGUCCCAGUUGAUGGCCAUCGGACCUGCCUUUAUUCACCGACCAAAUGUCAGCCUGAAAAGCUAGGACACCAAAAAUCCAGGGACAAGAAGGAAGGUUGUAAGCAGCAGUGAAUCCUAAAGCCUUCACCUACAGCCUACUUCUUCUAGCAACAACAAAAUAUAUUUCUUCCCCAUAACUAAGAGGAGAAAAUAAUGGCUUGAAAAUAUUUUCCAGGAAGUAUUGAAGAAACUAAACUUGAAAAGAUGAGAACAAUAGCUUCACCUGUCUCUUGAAGACUGUCAUGUAGGGUUUAUAGUCUUUUUGGAGGAAAUCCAUUUUCAGGAAGGACAUGAAGGGGAGGACUGAAGCUUGCCUGACCAAGUCAAGGAGGGAGUUCCAGCUGCAGGAAGCUUCACAGGAAAGGGUGUGGAC